UUUUAUAGUGCUAACUUAUACAGACAGAUCAACGAAAAAAUGUGCUAUGUCGCGCAGACUGUCAAUUUUGCCUAACAACUUCCAAUUGGUUAAUUAUGACGUCACCAAUUCAGCUUAUAUAUUGGCAAGCGUUAAACUGCAAGAUCAUUCUAGCCUUCAAAACAGGACUUCAAAUAUUUUUGAACAAGCUGAAAACCUUGAAUUGGACUUUUUGGAUAAAGAUCUUACUUGAUUGAGAGAACGAUUUGAAUCAGUAAUCUCGCUGCAAGUCAAUCAGUGAGUGUGCUCCAGUGACUUCGUUUCAUUGUAAAGGAGACAUAACAAUAUCUGUCAUUGAUCAAGCGGUCAGCUAUGGGAAGCAAGCCUUCAGAAUACAAUGGUGUCAACUGUGCUGUAUGUGGGCGAAGGCUUCCUGCUUGUAAAAAAUGGAGUGGCUUUCAACUGCAAACCAUUGAUCGCCUGGUUCGAGUAGACCAAGUCUAUGUCUUCCUAGGGGGCCAGUACUACCGAAUCAUGGGCCUACCAUCCUAUUAUUGUCCGACAGAUUUUUGGAAACCCAAAGAUGACUACGUACAGCAGCAAGAGGAACAAAGGAGACGUGAAGAAGCUGAAAGACGCCGAAGAGAGCAAGAAGAGCAAGAGGAAAAGGAAGAAAGACAGAAAGAGUUAGCGAGACAGGCUGAGGAAGAAAGAAGACGGUUAGAAGAACAACGACAACUGGAGGAAGAGAGGAGACGUCAACAAGAGGCUCAAGCGGAAGCAGAAAGGAAGAUGGCUCUAGUACAAAAAGAGGAAGAAGCCAGACAAGCACUAGAGGGUGGUGCAGUCACUGAAACCGGAGACGAUAGAGUCACAACUGAAGUUCAGGUGAUGACAUCAGUGUACAAUCCUUUCUCAGCCAGUGAGAGCUCUCAGGUCGAAGUACAAGCAGUGCAGACACGAUACAAUGAGAACAUUCCCGAUGAAGCAACUUUUCUCGAGAGUGAAACAGUCGAGGAAAUUGAUACAGUCACCACUGAUAUUGUUGAAUCAGUGCAAUUCUCCAUCUCAAAGAUCAAAGAGGGUGAUGAGCUCAGUGGUUGGUGGUUGAAGGCGGCUCAGACGCUCUUGUUCACUCAUUACAUGCAGUCCAACAGUUUUCCAACUGCAGAGAAGGAUCUACUACUCGACUCACUAGCCAUUCUCCAAACAGACCUGGGAGAUACCGAUUGUCUCUCUCUUGCGGACUCUUUCUCCUAUCUUGUUGAUAUACGACCCAUCGAUAUUACAACAACUUUCACCGUUGAUGACUCCCUCCCCCUGACAGCAAAAGUGGCCAGCCUUCUACUGCAAGUGGCCAAACACCUCAAGGAGACUAACCUUUGGAUGCAACGCUGUCUAUAUAUGUAUGUGACGUCUAAAAGUGACGAUGGAAUGAUGCAGAAAAUGUACCUGGAGGCGUUUUGCAAGGAUUGGUCUGGCCAUAACUUUUUGAGGUUUUUCGAGUCGUGUAAAGAGCGACUACAAGAUGACAGUCACAAGAAAACAUUCCACCUGAUUCAAACAUACUGUGUGCGGCCUAAAGUGGUCAUGGAUGCCUUGGAUAGCCAGCCUCUUAACGUGCCAUCAGUCGUGGAGACAGCCAUUGAGAACGAAGAUCAUCAAUCUCUAGUGGAUAUAAUCCAUGAAAUUCGAGCAUCAAAACUCGUCUCAAAGAAUAUUUUGGACUUAGUAGAACAUGUUGCUAACGAAGUCUAUCAAAUUCUUGGCACUUUUUCCAUUAAGCUCGAUUUUGAGCAGCAGUUACAAUCCUCAAUGGCAGCAAGUAAAUCCACUUUCCUAACUUUGGGAAACGGUCAUGAAGGUAUGUCUGUUAGCCACAUUGCUCAGUCAAUAAUCACGCUCUACUGUGCCUGUCAGAAGUUCAAGGGAUGGUUUCCACGCAGGACCCAGCUGGUCUCCUUACUGCUUCUUGUGUAUGCAGUGAGAUACGACAACAAUUUGCUUAUCGAGGUAAUGACUGGCGAGGGAAAGUCCCUGAUAGUGGCCCUAUUUGCUAUAAUUCUAGCACACCAGAACAAACAUGUCGACGUGGUGACCAGCUCUCCAAUUUUGGCCUUAAGAGACGUGCAAGAAUGGGAGGAAUUCUUCCAAUAUUUUGGAGUGACCGUCACACACAACACUGACCUCAACAGAACUGAUGGUGCUGAUAUGGACGAUGUGAAAACCGAAUGCUACAAGAAGCAAGUCGUCUACGGCACAGUGGGCAAUUUUGCUGGUGACAUACUCCGCCAGGAAUUUGAGCACAAGAAGAUCAGAGAAGGUCGACGUUCUGAUGCCAUAAUCGUCGACGAAGUGGAUAUGCUGAUGCUGGAUGAAGGAGUUCAAUUCAACUAUCUCUCGCACAAUGCAGCCAUUUUACUGCACAUUGAACCAGUGGUAGCUGCCGUCUGGGGCAUGAUUGGACCACUGAAUCUAGCCAGGACCACUGCUGGAGAAAUCCUCUAUGCUGGUAGUCCCAAGCUAUUCACUCAGGCCAUAUACGAAUCACUCGACCCGGAAUUUUCUCUAGUAGAAUCUCACAACGCGGUCUUGAGUACAGCUUUUCAGCUGGGAGUUAUAACUGUGGACGAGUUCGAGGCAUUACUGCAGGAAGACCAAGAGAUUAAGAAGGCAACCAUUGAAGGGUUCACAAUUGAUCACACACUGAGGAUGAUCUCAGGCCUGGCUGAUUACGAAAACAUGCCCGAGUUUAAAGCCUUCACUAUCAAUAGUGAGGGGGCACUGGAGGCCGCUAACACAGUCGAAGAUUAUUCAUCUGCCGAGAAGCUCCUAAUGCUUGGAAACGGUCUGGCCUGCAUACUCAAUACACGUGAAGAAAUCAUCGACAGAGGCACAGAAAUCAUGAAAACCAAGCUCAACUUUUCCGGCACUGAAAUUGAGGCUACCAUCAAGCUGCCAAAACUAAUGGAAGAGUUUGUUGUGAGCCAACUCCCAGUCUAUGUAGAAAGUGCCCUGCGUGCCCUUCACAUGGAAGAAGACAGAGAAUAUGCCAUUACGAGAGGCAGGAUAAUUCCGAUCGAUUUCCAAAACAGCGAAGUUAUGGAGCUCAACAAGAAAUGGGGAGGAGGGCUGCAGCAAAUGCUUGAAAUGAAACACAAUUUAUCGAUGACCUCCAUCUCUCUGGUGACCAAUUUCAUGUCCAAUGUGGAAUUCUUCUCCAGAUACAAAAGAAAUGGAGGUAUCUAUGGUAUGUCUGGUACACUUGGACUAGACGCACAUAGCAACACUACUACCAUUCUCAGUGAGCUGUACAACACUCAAGUAUGCAGUAUCCCGACUUUCAAACUCAGAAAACUUUUUGAGAAACCGGCUGUAAUUGUAGAGAGUAAUGAACAGUGGUUUAAGAAGAUUGUCGACACCGUCAGAAAAGAGAGUCAAGAAGUUGCUCCCUGGAGGAAGGGAAGGGCCUCACUCAUUCUUUGUGAAGACAUAAAAACUGCCGAAGACUUGAAGGACUACUUCGUGAAGACUGAGCACUGGCCAGAAGACAAGGUGUACUUGUAUGCUCACAGCAACUCCAAGCAACUCUCUACCAUCAAAAAAAAGCUUGGUCCGGGUGAGAUCAUCAUUGCCACUAACCUCGCCGGUAGAGGCACUAACAUCAAAGUGACGAACGAUGUCAAUGCUAGUGGUGGUCUGCUCUGUCUGGUGACGUUCCUGGCUCGAAACAGAAAGGUGGAGUUACAAGCCUUUGGUCGAACAGCCCGUGGGGGAAAGCCUGGAUCUGUUCGUUGCAUUCUCAACUAUGCUGCCAUGCCGACACAGUAUGAUGGAAUGAACAUAGAGGAGAUCAGAAAUAUGAGGGCUGAAGAAGAAUCGAUACGUCUCAGACGAAUGAUAGAUUAUGACAUCAAAGAAGUUGAAGUUCGAGAGAGAUUGUUCAAAGAAUAUUGCCUGGCUCUGGUGUACACAUAUUCACGCAGCGACCGUAGAGACGAUCAAAGGAUCAUCAUAAACUCGCUCAACGAACAGUGGGCUCAGUGGCUUUUAAUGAGGAACGAUAAAGUGGAGAAGCUGCAGAUGGAAGACCUGAUUUGUGAACUUGGAGUGACAAUCAGAUAUUGGGAUCCUUAUUCUAUCGAUGGACUUAAGGACAAGUCACUCUUCUCUAAGUGGCUUUUGAAGAUGAACAGAAAUGAGGUACCGAACUGGUCCGUUACAAUUCCAUUUGACCCUACAGCCCCCAUGACUAUGUCCGUUGCCAACUUCUACCACUACAUCCAAUUUGGAAACCAACUCCUUAUCAGCGGAGAAAGUGGGGAGGUUGUGAGAGCACAUGUGUACUACACAAAGAGUAUAGAGUUGGAGCCACAGUACUCGGCCAUUGCCUACUACAAUCGUGCCUACGCCGCCAUCACUGCUGAGAUGGACAACCAUAAACAGAAGGCCAAAGAUGACAUUCAAGCUGCAAUCUCGAGCCUAGAAGUGUACAUCAGUGAGGUGUCUACAGUGUCCCAGUGUGUUGCCAUUGUUCGACAGACCAGAGAGUUUGAGCGAAGAGAAGUGGAUGAUUACGGUGAGGGAGAGGUAACAGCCAAUUUGGAUGCCCAGAUCCAAGCUCGUUUCGAGAUCCUUCGUUUUCUACGAGAGAAAAUGCAAGAAGCCAUUGAAAAAAUUGACUCCAUCAGUGGGGACAUCAUUGCCACACCUGUUGGUAUUUUCUCUCUCAUUCCGGAUGCCGACUACACCACUAAUGUUGAGCUGGCGAGAAUGUGGACACUGGGAUUUGAGAUUGUGUACACGAUUGAGAAAAAGCCUCGUUUCUGCUGGGAGGGGCUGGUUGUGUUCUUGUUGGGUGUGGCUCAGAUUGUGGCUGGUGUGCUGCUGACAGUGUUCACGGUAGGAGCUGCGGCACAAUUUGGAAUGGCUCUUAUCGGAGAAGGCAUCUCUGACUGUAUUGACGGUAUUGAGGGUAUGAUAACUGGGGAAUUCAGUUGGGCAGAAUGGGCCAUCACCAAGGCAACUGGUAUCGCUAUUUCUCUCUUGACAGGAGGUGUGAGUCGUCUUGCUUCCACUGGUCUCAAGGCAAUCAAAGCUGGCUACAAGAUUGCUAAAGUUGGGAGACAGCUGACGGCCAUCCCCAAGAUUAUAAGCAGUACUACCAAAAGUGCUGCUAAAGCAAACCUGAAAACAGCUGCCAAGUAUAUGGCACAAGAAGCUGUCUUACAAGGUGUCUCAUUUACAACUGCCAAAUUCAUGAACCUAGCUCUCGAGGAAGUUACUAAACUAAUUGGACAAAAAAUGAAAGAACGUUUUGUCGGGAUAAUCCGAACUUCUUUCACUUCUGGUUACCUGGGAGAAGUGGUUGACGGUAGGUUCAUUGCUGAGUUGACCUCAUACUAUCAACAUCAGACCGAUGUUCCAGCCUCCAUGAUUGUGAGUGGUAAGAAGAUCUUUAGCAAUGUUGGGGAGGCAGUUACUAGUGCACUCAACUCCAACUCAGACGUUAGGGAGUGACUAGCUACAACGUCUCUCAGUUUUUCUCGCAGCUUUCACAGAAGAGUAAGCAGUUGAGAGGGAUUGCAAAUCUUGCACAAUCUGCCAUCGUUUUGACAAUUGUGACCGACACUGUGGCAAGCUUGAGUUUUCUUGUCGAUGAG